GUUCAGCAGAAUGUUUAUUUUGCAACUGUUGGAAGUUUUUUUCGCUUAUGUUCUGCUGAAUGCAGCCAAUGUAUUCAUUCACUCAACUGAGUUCGUGAACGCAGCCUAUGAAAUUGUACCUAUACGCGUCGUCGGGUGCAUACAUGUAUACGAUGUAUUCUGUACUGCUUUGUAGACUAUAUAACUGUAUUAAAAAUGGUUGGGUGUGCAGCCCCAUUUUGUAAUAAUUCAGUAGCUAAAGGCUACAUAAUGAAAACAUUUCCUCGAAAUGCCGAACGUCGUGCUUUGUGGGCAAAAAAUGUUAGUGAAAGAUGUUGGGGAAAUGGUGUAAAAAAUUGGAUGCCCACAACAAAUUCCUUUCUUUGCGAGGUGAUUAAUGAUGUAUCUAAAUGUAAUACCUCAGCAAUAUAUUCAGCUUCAUGUACAACUAAAUUUACUGAAUCAAAUCAAAUGUUAUCUAUCGAUAACAUUCAAUUGAAACAAUCCAUUAGUGAUAUUGAAAAACAAGAAUGUCAGGUGAUUGAUGAUACAUUUGAGAUUAAUACAUCAAUGAUAUGUCCAGCUUUAUGUUUAGAUAAAUGUAAUGAAAGAGUAGAUCGAUGUAAAAAAAUUAGAAGAUGUUAACCGAAAACUACGACGCAACAUAAUUAAAAUGCGAAAAGAAAUGAAAAUUUUAAAGAACACUAUAUACAUUUCGGAAAAUAAAUCUAGCAAUAAGUAUAAAAAAGCUUUACAGUCAGUUUUUACUGAUUGUCAAAUUAAAGCUUUGUUUACAAAAAAACGUUGCGUUAGAAUGUGGUCAAAUGAUAUAAUUCAACGUGCUUUACAAUUAAAAUUUGUAUGCAGAAAUAAUGAAUAUAAAGAACUUAUUCGUCAGGGAUAUCCACUUCCAAAUAUACGAACAUUACAGCGAAGAUUAGAAAAUUUUCAAUUUCAAUCAAGAAUAUCCGAACAAAUGUUACAAUUUCAAAAAAAUGAAGAAACCAUAUUAUAAAAAUGAGACUGAUUUAAUGUGGGUUAAUAUUUGACGAAACAUUCAUUAUAUCAAAGUAAUCUUAUAACCUUCAACUGGAUCACGAAUAACAUAGUCCUAAUGAUACAGGUGAUGCUAUGUAUGCAUGCAUGCCACACGAUUUUUAUGCUUGUGGUGUUUGCAAUAGUUGGAAGCAGAUGGUGGGGUACCAUUUUACAAGCAAUAAAUUUAAUAGUAAAGUAUUAAAAGAAAUAAUUUUUCAGAUUGUAAAUAAAAUCAAGGAAAUCGGUUAUCAUGUACUUUAUUACAAGUAAUAUGAUGCGAGUCGAUAUUUAAAUAUUAUAGCCGAUCUACCACAUAUUUAAAAAAAUUUCAAACAAACUUUAAUU